GAACCAACCUUGUCAAGCGCGCUGAUGGGCUGGUCUCGGCUCGAGAGGUGGCACUCGCCAAGCAGGUUGCAGAGUUGCGGGGGCAGAUGGCCAAGCUCAAGGUGUCGCCACCUACGCCUUCAGCUGAGCCGCCUCCGUGGACCCAAGCAGAUGGCGGUGACCUUGCUCAGAGGCGUGCUCGCCUGGCCAAGUCGGGUCGCGUCUUGGCCGAGCUGGGCGACGAAGGCGAUGCCACCGAGAAGGCCAAGUACCAGGCCAAGCUCGAGGGCCUCGCGGCCGAGGGGCGCGCGGCCGAGGAGGCUGUGGCGGCCGCCAAGGCGAGUCAGCAGGCGCUUCACAAAGAACGAGAAGCGCUCGAGCAGAAUAUCGCCGAUCUCGAGGAGAGACUUCGACAGGCUGUCCUGCCAACUCUCCCCCGUGAUCAAGACGGUAAGCCCUCGUUGCAGGCGUUCGGUCCAG